AUGGAUCGAAGGCGUCAUGGAUUGAAGAUGUUUUGUGAAACUAUUUACUCCAGGGAAGGUGCAGACGCCAGGGAAGGUGAAGACGCCAGGGAAGGUGCAGACGCCAGGGAAGGUGAAGACGCCAGGGAAGGUGAAGACGCCAGGGAAGGUGAAGACCCCAGGGAAGGUGAAGACGCCAGGGAAGGUGAAGACGCCAGGGAAGGUGAAGACGCCAGGGAAGGUGAAGACGCCAGGGAAGGUGAAGACGCCAGGGAAGGUGAAGACGCCAGGGAAGGUGAAGACGCCAGGGAAGGUGAAGACCCCAGGGAAGGUGAAGACGCCAGGGAAGGUGAAGACCCCAGGGAAGGUGAAGACGCCAGGGAAGGUGAAGACGCCAGGGAAGGUGAAGGCGCCAGGGAAGGUGAAGACCCCAGGGAAGGUGAAGACGCCAGGGAAGGUGAAGACGCCAGGGAAGGUAAAGGCGCCAGGGAAGGUGACCCCUAUAAGGAUGUGUGA